GUUCAACGCCUCUAUCCAUAAUCCGUUUACCUCUGCCAAUCCUCUCCCUACUUGCCGGUGCAGAGAAAAAAAAAAAAAAAAAAACAAUGCCUGCCGGUGAGCUCCAGUAUCCAUCUUUGCCACAGCCAACGGCGAGUGACACUUGCACCACCGACGUGGAAGACGAGGCCUGGGUGUGGGCCCAGAUCAAAGCCGAGGCACGUCGCGACGCCGAGUCGGAGCCUGCGUUGGCUAGCUAUCUCUACUCAACGAUUCUCUCUCACUCCUCAUUGGAGCGCUCCCUCGCCUUUCACUUAGGCAACAAGCUUUGCUCCUCAACCCUUCUCUCCACACUCCUUUACGAUCUCUUCCUCAAUACUUUCUCUUCAGAUCCUUCCCUUCGCACUGCUGCCGUCGCCGAUCUUCGCGCCGCCCGCUUCCGUGACCCUGCUUGUGUUUCCUUCUCGCACUGCCUUCUCAAUUAUAAAGGGUUCUUGGCUUGCCAGGCUCAUCGAGUUGCUCACAAGCUGUGGAGUCAGUCCCGUAGGCCGCUUGCUCUAGCCUUACACUCACGAGUCUCUGAUGUAUUUGCCGUUGAUAUACAUCCAGCAGCAAAGAUUGGGAAGGGAAUACUGUUUGAUCACGCAACUGGUGUGGUGAUUGGUGAGACGGCCGUAGUUGGAAACAAUGUGUCAAUUUUGCACCAUGUUACCCUUGGAGGAACAGGGAAGGCAUCUGGGGAUAGACAUCCCAAAAUUGGAGAUGGAGUGUUGAUUGGAGCAGGUGCCACCAUUUUAGGAAAUGUCAAGAUUGGUGAAGGAGCUAAGAUUGGAGCAGGUUCAGUUGUAUUGAUUGAUGUGCCUGCUCGGACCACAGCCGUUGGAAAUCCGGCAAGGUUGGUGGGAGGAAAGGAAAAGCCUUCCAAGAAUGAGGAAUGUCCAGGAGAAUCUAUGGAUCACACAUCUUUUAUAUCAGAGUGGUCAGAUUAUAUUAUUUAAUUACCUGAUUUGCUUUAAUAUUUGAGAUAUCUUUAUACAUUGCUAUGUAUUUGCCUAAGUCUCCAGUGGAUGCAGUGUUCCCCGGCUGAGUGUUUAGUGUGCUCUCCUUGCUGGAGGAUGAGGCAUACCAGUGGUGGGACACUGUAGUUCAUGUCCAUAGGAGGAGUUGUGAUUUCUUCUUGAUUGAGCUCCUGUAAGAUAACUCGAUCAAGGAGAAAUCCCAAGUCCUCGUAUGGACGUCAACUGACCGGGAUACAGUGUCCCACCACUGAUAUGCCUCUUCUUUCAGCAAGCAGGAGACACACACUAAAUAUUCAGCCGGGGAACACUGCUUUUUACGUUGUUAUGCCUGUUUGUAUUUAGUUAUGAGAAUACUCGCCAGCAACUAAUUUAUGACUUACUAAUACGUUUUUUUUCUUGAGAUACUUCUUACCAAUUAAUAAACUCUCUUUUAAGAGUUCAGAAAA